AUGGCUUUGGGUGGUGGGUUGUGGUUUGUUUCAGAUAAUAUCAUCAUAAGUGGCCUCACUAUAAUUGUUGCCAUUUUGUUUCUCCUCGUUCUCUACAGGUAUGUGUUGUGUCUUUCUGGGAGUAACUAUGUCACGGCCAUCCGUGGAGGGGCCAAUCAACCAAUUGAGAGCCUCGAAGCGGCCGCCGGCGGGCAAGUGCAGUCACGCGAAACACCUUAUACAGGGCUUGAUCCAUUCAUCAUGGCUACCUUGCCUGUCUAUGUUUACAAACAAACAGAUCAGCUCGAAAAGGAUGGCACUAGAGAAUGUGUGGUUUGCUUGAGCAGUUUUGUGAAUGAAGAAGUUGCAAUGCUUCUGCCUAACUGUGGGCACAUGUUUCAUUCAGAGUGUAUUAAUAUGUGGUUCACCUCACACACAACAUGUCCAAUUUGCCGGUGUCCUGCUGAACCUUGGGUGGUGCCGGAGCCUAUGGAGAAGAGAAUUGGUUGGUUAUCAUUUACAGCUAUAGACAUUGAUUUCUUCAACCCAAUAACUCCAAAUUCAGAGGGUACAUCGGAUGGUUCAGCACAAGCUUCUGAGGUUGGAGGACUAGGCUCAAGACUCAACUCCUUUGAAAGACUUAUUGGUGAAGGGUGGAGACAUAUCAGUGAGGGAAUUCAUCCUAGUGAUCAAACUGGUGGAGUGGAGGAUCCGGAGGGACAGUGA